AUGGAAAUUGAUACAGUUGGUGCUCCGGCUUAUCAAUUAGCCAUUGAUGUGAACGAAGUCGAUGGAGAGUGUAGGACUGCAAUGUAUCUUGCUGUGGCGGAAGGACAUUUGGAAGUAGUUCAAGCAAUGACUGAGUUCAAAUGCCUUUCAAUUGAUGGAAAGCAAAGAUGUCCAUUUCAACUCGAUGUCUACUGUACACGUGGAAGAACACCAUUCAUGUUGGCUGCUUUUAAUCAGAAUUUACCAUUAAUGAAUCUUCUGCUGGAUGCUGGUGCUGAUAUUAACCUCCCGUUAGCUGUUCUGGACACAGAAUAUAGUGUGGAAGAAGGUCGUUGCAUCGGAUCAGGAGCACUCGUUGAAGCCGUUCGUUCUGAUGGUUUACAUGUUGUGCAUUUUCUUCUGGAUCGUGGAGCUCUCGAUACUGAUAACAAAGCACUACGACUAGCAGCACAAGGAAAGAACGAGAAGCUUAUUCGAGUUUUCUUAGUCCGUUUAGUUUUUGCUGACCCCGAAUACAAAAUUAACAAGAAGAACAUCGAUGUCGGUCAAAUUCAAGUUGGUCAAAGUCUCCUACCUAGUAGUCUUUGUCCUUCAAAAGCUGCACAACUUAAUUGGAACUCUGCAAACCUGGAAAAUCUUCAGUCGGAUUGGUUUGUUGCUGCGGCAUUACAUGUGAAUCCUAGGCUUCGAACAACUCGGCUAUCAUUGGCAGCAAUCACACGAGUAGACUUAUCUGAUAAUCGUCUGACAACGUUUCCAAGUAUUCUUUUUCAAAUGCCAUCACUUCGAUCUCUGAAUAUAGCUGAUAACAGUAUCAGAACAAUAGAAAUUCCAACGUAUUAUAUCAGCUCAACGUCUCUAGAAAUUCUGAAUUUACGAAACAAUCAAUUGGAAUGUCUGACAAUUCAAUUCUUAUCGUCACUUCCACAGUUACAACAGCUGGAUGUAUCGAAAAAUGAGUUGAGCCAACUGCCAGAAUACAUUUGGUUGUGCCCUUCUUUAAAAGAACUGAAUGCGUCUCACAACAGAUUGAGUGCACUUCCAAUGGUUGCGAGAGCAUCAAGAGGGGAAAGGCCUCGUCUUCAAAGUUCAAAUAACAAUUCGAACACUCAAUCGCCAUCACACGAAACGAAUCCAAUCGUUGUCGACGAUCCACCGAAUGUCACCACAAAUCCACUACGUCGUCAAAAUGUUUGGCAAGCCAGCAUCAAUUUAUCGAAAGUAGAUGACGACUCAUUGUUUCCUGACUUUCCAGUAACGUCUAGUAACACUCUGACGACAAUCAACCUAUCAUUCAACAAGUUCCACACUUUUCCUUUCUGCCUAGCUUGUACUUGUCCACGGCUUUUGAUACUGAAUAUGUCAAAUAACUCCAUGACGUCACUCCCACCGAUGACAUGUGUGCCGGCUCAUUUGAGGACAUUGGACUUGUCGUAUAACAAAAUACAGGAAAGUUUUGUCGAAGCCACACCUUUACAUAUUGUCUGUCACGCAGUACCACCAACUACAGCCAAUGGCUCAAUGCUUCCAAAACGACGAAAUUCGCCAGCCCGCCAGCACAGAAGCCGUUCGAAAUCAGCAGUCCGAUCCCAACGAAGUCUCAGCGUUUCACGGCAUCAUACUGUGAUAGAUUCACAAAAGGAAGAAGAAUGUGUACAUAAACGGCACGACUCACUGGAAUGGUUGAAAACGUUGCAGCUAGCAGGAAAUCGACUUCGAACAAUUACGGUGUCAACUGCAGCAAAAGUGCUCCUCCCAGCACUGAAUGUACUGGAUUUAAGUGACAAUAAGUUGCUACAAGCUUCUCCAGAUAUCGCAAAACUUUCACUUCUAUCAAUGUUAAAUUUGUCUGGAAACACCGCUAUAAAAGAACUUCCUCCAGAUUACGGUAUGCUUUCAAGACUGUGGAGUUUAUCACUGAAAGGAUGCUCUUUGAAAGAGCCCUUGGAGUCGAUGGUAAAUGUGGAGAACUGUAAAACAGUUGAAAUAGUGGCAUAUCUGAAGACAAUUCUAGAAGAAUCGAAAACGUAUCAUCACUUGCGAGUUAUGAUUUUGGGCAGUGAUAAUGUUGGGAAAUCGACUAUUUGGGAGGCAUUGAGUAAGGAAGCAGUUCAAAAAAGACAACCAAUACAAUCAGAAACUGGAGUCAUACGUCAAGCGGAAUGGAAAUUUGAAGCAAAGCGAUCAAAGGGAGAUAAGAAUCUUGGGCCUGUUGGAUUUUCCGUGAUUGAUUUCGGCGGUCAGAGAGAAUACCAUUCUACUCAUCAAUACUUUCUUAGUAAGAGAUCUUUGAAUCUUGUACUCUGGAAAAUCACAGAUGGCGAUGAAGCAUUUGCUCAACUAGACACCUGGCUAAUCAAUAUUCAUGCAAGAGCACCUAACUCUACCGUAAUCUUAGUAGGAACAAACUUAGACCAAGUAGCAUCGAAUAGUUCUAAGUUUGGUCCAGGAUUCGUUGAUAUUAUGGAGCAAAAAGUCAGAAGUCGUUACAUGAUCGCUGAUGCAGAUAAAUCUGGCCUGCCACGCGUUGUCGAUGUAAUUCUCAUAACUUCGACGACGAGGAAUGAUGUUAAAGCAUUGUUGAACACAAUAUAUCGAACAGCUUGGGAAGUUCGAAUAGGGAAAGAACGAGCAAUGGAGCAACAAAUUCCAUAUUCAUAUGUAGCGUUAAUGAAAGUGACAAAAGAAAUAGCUGCUGAAUUUCGGAAAGAAGGUCAACCGGCAGUGAUGACAGUGGAAGCUUACAAAGAAAGAGUUAGGAAAAGAAUGAUGAGCAAAUACGGGAGACCAUUUAGAGAUGACAUAGAAUUCUACGGAGCAUGUACAUUUCUACACGACUGCGGGGAGCUCGUGAGAUUUGAAGAUGCGACACUGCGCGACUUGAUAUUCGUUGACCCUCUGUGGCUAGCGGAAUUUCUAACUUCUAUCGUCAUACUUCGAAGCCCCAAUCUUCCAGCUGGGCUUUUAUCAACAGAUGCCAUUAACCCACUGACUCGUUCUUUCAAGUCAGGAGCCUUAGCAAUGCUCAAAACCCAACUUUUGGAUCUUCUUCAUAAAUUCGAACUGGCGCUUGCUACUCAACCCCGUCAACUGUUGAUUCCUAGUCUCCUUCCAGACGAAUAUCGUCUCCGAGCAGAUUUCCUAACCUCUGCUGUGAAGAUUAGAAUGAAAAUGGCCCAAUGGAAUGUUAGAUGUCCAAGUCCUGCUGGUUCUCCAACAAAGUCACCACUACGUCGUACCUCUCCAACCGAUCUCUCUCUAGGGGAAUCAGAAGACAUAAUGCUUCAGUUCACAUAUGAUGACGAUCAACUAUUGAGACGAAUCUAUGCACUUGCUUAUAUUCCAUCUGGAUUCUGGAGUCGUUUAGUUACUCGGAUAAUGGGUGACAAGAAUGUGUGUGCGGCUAUUGAAAGUAUAUUCAUGACAACAAGUGCUGAUAGAUCAAAGAUAGCUGAUAUAGCGACAAAACAUGCAAAGGCGGAAUGGGUCGUAUGGCAGACAGGAAUAGAAUUACAUGUGAAGGGGCAUUCGUUGUUCACACUGAAACAGUUUUUGCCUUUAGCCGAAAUCCGCGACAUCGAUUACAGCAGCUUAGAUAUGCGUGCUAAAGAUGAGCAGAAGAGAUGGCGAACAUGGAAUAAACCUUCGCAUCGUCCAAUAGUCGAAAUGGUUGUAAACUCGCUGAGCAUUUCAACAGCAUCGCAACAUGGAAGAAAGUUAUCGAUGAAAACCGAUGUAGAGGGAAGAAGCCGUUUAUUGGCGUUGAUAUCAGAUUUAUUGGAUACGUUACUAGAAGACUGGUACCCAGCUUUGGGAACUCGAUUUGUUCACAGUUCGGAGGGAGAUCUGCUAGUUUCGAGAUAUGUUUUGUGUCCUCAUUGUAUUAAAGACGCAGAGAGAAGUGCUUCGAGAAACCACGUUGCUGUUUCACAUCGAAGGUCACAGGAUGAUGGGGAGAUACUGGUUAACAGUAAUUCUCACAUGAAAGGAUCGCGAACAACCGGUGACAUUUCGAAGAUUCAUGGUGGAGUUGUUCAUUGCUUUGUCAUCGAAGAAUGUAUGUUGGCUGGAAGAGAAUACAACUGGGUUGAGUGUCCAUCUCACGGAGGUCUUCAUAUGAGAGAACUUGCACCGGAUACUGUAUUCGCCGAUAUCGAGAAUGCAUUAACGAUUCAUGUGGAUCAGCUGAAGCGGAGUAGAAUGUUGGGAAGAGGAGCUUUUGGAUUCGUUUUCAGAGCUACAAUAAGACAGCCAAACGGUGAACUUUGCGAGGUUGCUCAAAAGAUGUUAGAGCCAGUCGAUCCGGGGCCAGGAGGAAGACCGUCUGCUUUAGCAGCAUACAAAGCCGCGGCGGAUAAAUGGAAGAGAGACAGUAUGGAAUUCGCGUGUCGUGCUUACUGUACUUCUAGACAAGAACUCAGUUUAUUGAGCAGAAUGAAACAUCCCAAUGUCAUUGGAUUGGUAGGAGUUUGUACCUUCCCAUUAUCUCUAGUUGUGGAACUAGCACCUCUUGGAGCUUUAAAUCAAUUACUUGCUUCUCAUCGAAAAGCCGGAACUAAACUACUUCUCGGAGUGAUAAAGGAGUCAGCAGUACAAGUUGCACGAGCUCUUGAGUAUCUUCAUUCUGCUCAUAUUAUCUAUAGAGAUCUGAAAUCAGAAAACGUUCUUGGGUGGCGAUUUCCAGCUCCGUUCAGUCCGCAAACUGAUGUUCUUCUGAAGCUAGGAGAUUAUGGAAUAUCAAGAAGUGUAUUGCCAUCUGGAGGUGCAAAAGGAUUCGGUGGAACUGAAGGGUUCAUGGCACCAGAGAUAGUGAGAUUCAAUGGAGAAGAGGAAUACACUCAAAAAGUGGACUGCUUCUCAUUUGGAAUGUUUCUUUACGAACUUCUCACUCUGAAAUUUCCAUUUGAAGGAGAGGAACAUGUGAAAGAAAGAAUGCUCGAUGGAGCACGCCCUGUUCUCCUACCACAUGAACUGCUUCUUCCAACACCAAUGUUAGACUUACUCGUUCACUGUUGGUCUGCCCAUCCAGAGUCUCGUCCAUCUUCUUCUCAGCUUGUCGGCUUCUGCGCUGCCCCAGAGUUCACCCAUCUUCUAGACGUUUGUGAGCUCGGAGAAGCACUCCCACCUAGUCAACUUAUGGCACUUUCGGUAACAGAUGAAAUUGAUGAUCCCGAUGAUUUCGAAGCUCAAAUUUGGCUCAGUGGAAGAGAAAUGCUUGUGAUGGGAUGUACACAAUACGGAUUUGUGGAUCAAAAAUCAAUAGAAUUGCCACACCGAUCAAAAUAUGUCAGUAAAGUUCGAGAUUCGGUUUGGUCAUGCGACGAAUGCGGGCAGGUUACAGUCUAUGGAAUAUCGCUACAUGAAACGGGACAUUUACAGUUGCCGUCGCUGAAUGGAACAUUGAUUCGUGCACCUGAACUUAUCAGCAACGAUGUGCUGGUUUUGAUUUCCGAAAAGCAGAUUGUUCUGUUGAGACUUUCCGAAACUAAUUCUGUUUCCCAUCUCGGAACGUUCGACUCCCCUUACGAUAUUCGCACUGCUACUUUCCUCGAUAAUGGUUCGACUCGUCAAAUAUGGGCGGGACAUUCUGAAGGACGAAUCUCAAUCCAUCAUCUUGCUGCAAAUGACACAUUCAGCUUCUCAUCUAGUCUCUAUCUACCCGAUGACAAGUCUAUCGUUCGCCAAUUAGUCGGUUCAAAAGAUGCUCAAAAAGUAUGGAUUGCAUUAGAAAAAAGUUCCAAAAUUCAAAUGGUUGAAGUAGAGAAACGGCAAGUCACUGGAUCUUUAGAUAUUCGAAAAGUGAUGCCAGGAAGUGAAACGAUUCAUACAAUCGAUAUGGAAAUGGCUAGUCAGAAUUAUGUAACUUGUCUUGAUUUAUUAGAAAGGAAUGAUGGAGAUCAAUUGUAUAUUGGAUCGUCUAAAGGAUUACUUGUGAUUUCUCAUGCGGCCACGCUACAACCUCUAUCUGCGUGUCGUCCAUUUGAAGGUGACAUAACAUCUAUAUGCAUUCUAGAAGAACCGUCUCGCGAAGAAGAAAGUAUUCGCGGAAAAACAACGACUUUAAGCACAGCUUCAUCAGAAAGUGGACUUGGAUGGGUUCGGGAACGAGUCAGUGAAACUGUUGAUAGAUUUCGUUCAAGCCCAGCCACUGUCGAAGCUCAAGGAGCUGCCCUUCUCGUCUGUAUUGGACGUCAAUUCAGAAGUCUUUCUCAUCGAUUUGUUUCUGAACAAAAACUGGCUGACGUCUACUCAAUUGCCGUCUGGCGGACGGAAGAAUGGACUCUGUGA